AUGCUCGCCGCCUCCAUCUUCCGUCCGACACUGCUGCUCUGCUGGCUGACUGCUCCCUGGUCCACCCAGCCUGAGAGCCUCUUCCACAGCCGGGACCGCUCGGACCUGGAGCCAUCCCCACUGCGCCAGGCCAAGCCCAUUGCCGACCUCCACGCUGCUCAGACUCUGGGGCAGCCCGGGAGGGCCCGGACCGAGGCGGCCCAGAUGAGGGUGCCUUUCUCUCCCCCAGCGGUUCCUGUCCAGAUACGGCUGGUGACGCCGCUGGAUUUCCGCGAGGACCUGGCCGCCCCCGGGGCCGCGGUCGACAUCAAGCUGGGCUUUGGGAGAGGCCGGCACCUGGGCUGUCCACGGGCCUUCGAUGGGAGCGGGCAGGAGUUUGCACACGCCUGGCGCCUAGGUGACAUUCACUUCGACGACGAUGAGCACUUCACGCCUCCCACCAGUGACAUGGGCAUCAGCCUUCUCAAGGUGGCCGUCCAUGAAAUUGGCCAUGUCCUGGGCUUGCCUCACACCUACAGGACGGGAUCCAUAAUGCAACCAAAUUACAUCCCCCAGGAACCUGCCUUCGAGUUGGACUGGUCGGACAGGAAAGCAAUUCAAAAGCUGUAUGGCUCCUGUGAAGGAUCAUUCGAUACUGCAUUUGACUGGAUUCGCAAAGAGAGAAACCAAUAUGGAGAGGUGAUGGUGAGAUUUAGCACAUAUUUCUUCCGCAACAGCUGGUACUGGCUUUAUGAAAAUCGAAACAAUAGGACACGCUAUGGGGACCCUAUCGAAAUCCUCACUGGCUGGCAUGGAAUCCCAACAUACAACAUAGAUGCCUUUGUUCACAUCUGGACAUGGAAAAGAGAUGAACGUUAUUUUUUUCGAGGAAAUCAAUACUGGAGAUAUGACAGUGACAAGGAUCAGGCCCUUACAGAAGAUGAACAAGGAAAAAGCUAUCCCAAAUUGAUUUCAGAAGGAUUUCCUGGCAUCCCAAGUCCCCUAGACACAGCCUUUUAUGACCGAAGACAGAAGUUAAUUUACUUCUUCAAGGAGUCCCUUGUAUUUGCAUUUGAUGUCAACAGAAAUCGAGUACUUAAUUCUUAUCCAAAGAAGAUUACUGAAGUUUUUCCAGCAAUAAUACCACAAAACCAUCCUUUCAGAAAUAUAGAUUCCGCUUAUUACUCCUACGCAUACAACUCCAUUUUCUUUUUCAAAGGCAAUGCAUACUGGAAGGUAGUUAAUGACAAGGACAAACAACAGAAUUCCUGGCUUCCUGUUAAUGGCUUAUUUCCUAAGAAGCUGAUUUCAGAGAAGUGGUUUGAUGUUUGUGAUGUCCAUAUCUCCACACUGAACAUGUAAUAAGAAAAAGUGGGAAAUGGAGUCAUAGGACUUCGCUAAGAGAAAAAUUCUGAUGUUGUUUACAAAGAAAACCAGAUUUUCAGUAGCUAAAGCAAAUAUGGCACUGUAAGUUAAAACCCAAUGGGAAAAGCCUUAGUUGAACUUUUAAAAUACUUGAUUUAAAAAUCAAUUGCUCAGGGAAAACAUAAUUCAUAACCUAGAAAGGUU